CUUUCUCCUCAGCUGCGCCGAGAAACGUAAUUGCGACCUACUUAGUCGACCUCGAUUUAAAAAAAAACAAGAAGCUCAACAAGCUUUUUUUCCUCAUGCGAAAAAGUACUCAAAAUAAGAGAAAAGAAAGUUCACGAACACUUGAUUCUUCUUUAACUUGAGCUGUUAGAGUUUUGUUAACAGCUAUCUUAUUACGUAUUUCGAAAUAGCCUCGCAGCUCAAUCCCGUCGCAUCUCGUCGCCUCGUCGCACACCACCAACACCGUCAUCAUGUCGGAGAAGUUCGUGGAUUGGAAUAAGACCACCCGGUCUAAGGAUUACCGAGGGUCUUCUUCGUUCGCGACCUUCAUGAUCAUCGGCCCAACAUGUUUCUUCCUCGGCAUCCUCUUCGCAUUUUUCCCGUACGACUUCCCGCUUCUCUGGACCAAAGACCCCAUCUCGGCCGCGUACCUAGACCAACUAGAGACGCACCUGAAGUUCAUCCACCAGUCGCCUCCGCUGAUUGCGCGCGUGCUAAGCAUCAUGGUCGGCGUCGGCUUCCUCGGUUUCUUCAUCAAGCUCUUCCGCGCCUCCGAGUCCAACAUGCUGUUCGACGGCGCCUCCCUCGUCCUCUACCUCAUCGGCGUCGGUGUCUACGUCGCUAACAUCGUCAAGGGCCUGCGCCUCGUAUCCGCGGGGGCCUGGACCGAUGACGACUUCGACCUCAAGGGCGCCGCGAGCCCCCACAGGAAGGGCGGCGACCCGCUUACCGGCGGAGAGAUGAUCCUCGGUCGCGAGGACAGCUUGAAGGUCCUCGCGGCUAGCAACACCAUUCUAGCGCUCGUACUGGUCGGUGUGCUGGUCUUGCAGGCUGGCCAGUGGUAUGCCGAGAGGAAGGACAGCGAGGAAUUCGAGAAGUUCGAGAAAGAGAAGUCGGCAGCGCCGUCGAGCCCGACAGCCGAGAAGAAUAAGAAGAAGCAGUGAAUGGCGUUCUUACUCGCUUCUCGCGCGUUUUCUCCUUGUUUUCUUCGAUUCUUUUAGGAUGGGCCAUAUAGACCAUUCCCAACGUCGUUACGACUUAGGGCGGGCGUCGGUGCCGUUGCCGUGUAUAACAAGUACAUUUGCGUCACGAACGUUGGGAGGAUAUGGAUUGGUCGGAAGUGCGGGAUGUCUCGCGUGUUGGGAAGGCAAACGUGAUCCGUUUGCAUGAAAAGAAAAGUGCUUCUGCGUCCUGUAGAUCAGAUGAAUCUGAACGUGUCUACGAACUGAGAUGAUGCAGAGUUGGUCAGUUGAGAUGUUUGGAUCAUAUUCUAUGCAGCUGUGAUGCCUCUAUUUUGGUAGGGAUGCUUUCCGAGCCUUCCGAGAUCACACGUCUGGUCCAGUUUUCAUCGCGACAUGUAGUGCGCUGGCUCAUACAUAUCUUCAAUAUAAGUGAUCAAACAUUA